GGGAUAUUUUUGAGGGGCUGUUUUGUGGGGGAUCGUUUUUAGGACCUGUUUUUGUGGGGCGUUUUUCGAGACUAGUUUAGGGUCUGUUUUUAGGGGGCCUGAUUUAGUGGAGUGGAUUUUGGGGGGGUGGUUUCAGGGGCUGUUUUUGGGGGUCCCCGUGAUGUCCCGACCCGGAGGGGCCCGGGGGGGUCCGUAGGGGCUUGGGGGGUUCAGGAGGGGCCCGGGGGGUCCCCGGGGGUCCCACCAUGGCCUCGGUGCCCGUUUACUGCCUGUGCCGCCUCCCCUACGACGUGACCCGGUUCAUGAUCGAGUGCGAUGGCUGCCAGGACUGGUUCCAUGGCAGCUGCGUGGGGGUGGAGGAGGAGGCGGCGGCCGAGAUUGACCUGUACCACUGCCCCCAGUGCGCCGUGCUCAGGGGGCCCUCUGUCAUGAAGCGGCGCCGGGGCCCCCCCAAGGCUCCGGAUCAGGAUCCCCCCGGGAGCCGCCCGGCCCGGACCGGGAGCGCCCAGUUCAUCCGGGAGCUGCGGGGACGCACCUUCCCCAGUGCGGACGAGGUGCUGCUGCGGCCGGGGGGGGCCCAGCUGACGGUGGAGUACCUGGAGGAGAACAGCUUCAGCGUCCCCAUCCUGGUGUCCCGGCAGGAGGGGCUGGGGAUGACCCUGCCCCCCCCCUCCUUCACCCCCCGCGAUGUCCUGCACUACGUGGGAGCAGACAAGGUGGUCUCGGUGCUGGACGUGGGCCGCCAGGCCGAGCUCCGGAUGCGCCUCGGGGACUUCGUGGCCUAUUUGGGGGGUCCCCGGCGCGAGAGGGUCCUGAACGUCACCGGCCUCGAGUUCUCUGACACCAGGCUGUCCAACCUGGUGCAGACCCCCCGGAUCGUGCGGAAGCUCUCGUGGGUGGAGAACCUGUGGCCGGGGGAGUCGGCGCGGGAGCGGCCGAGCGUGCAGAAGUACUGCCUGCUGGGGGCCAGGGACGGCUACUGCGACUUCCACAUCGCCUGCGGGGGCACCUCGGCCUGGUGCCACGUGCUCAGGGGCGAGAAGAUCUUUUACCUGGCGCGUCCCUCGGCCGCCAACCUGUCCCUGUUCGAGGCCUGGAGCAGCUCCCGCAACCGCCCCGAGCUCUUCUUCGGGGACCAGGUGGAUCGGUGCUACCGCUGCCACCUGCGCCAGGGCCAGACCCUCUUCAUCCCCACGGGCUGGAUCCAGGCCUCGCUGACCCCUGUGGACUGUUUGGCUUUUGGGGGCAACUUCCUGCACAGCCUCAACAUCGGGAUGCAGCUCAGGGCGUACGAGCUGGAGCGGCGCCUCAGCGGCUCCGACCCCGUGAAGUUCCCCAAUUUCGAGACCAUUUGUUGGUACGUGGGGAGGCACCUCCUGGACACCUUCCGAGGGCUGCGGGAGAACCGCCGGCACCCUGCAGCCUACCUGGUGCACGGGGCCAAGGCCCUGAGUGGGGCCUUCCGUGCCUGGACCCGCAGGGAGGUGCUGGGGGAGCAUGAACAUGAGAUCCCCGAAACCGUCCGGCCGGGACAGCUGGUGAAGGAGCUGGGCAGGGAGAUCCGGCUGGCCGAGGAGCUGUUCCAGCAGAGCACGGGGAUGUCGGGGACCCCCUUCGGCCCCCCCUGGGGGGUCCCAGCCCCCAAAAAGGGGGGUCCCCGCAAGCCCCCCCCCAGCUCCCGCCCCCCUGACGAGGAGGGGGCCCCCAACCCCCCCCAGGACCCCCCCGAGGAGGACGAGGAGGCUGACCCCCCCAGCUCCAGCGCGGAGGAGACGGACCCCGACUCGGAGGGGGACCCCCAGACCCCCCUGCACAACGGGGGGGCUCGCUCCCCCCUGGACCUGGACUCGGAGGAGGAGCUGCAGAUUGAUGAGACCCCCCCUCGGAGGGGCCCCCGUCGGCUGCCCCGGCUGCCCCGGAAGCUGCCCCGGGCCAAGCCCUGCUCGGACCCCAACCGGGUGCGGGAGCCGGGGGAGGUGGACUUUGACAUCGAGGAGGAUUACACCACAGAUGAGGAUGAGGAAGGAGCUGCCGGGGGCAGCGCCGGGAUCCUCGACCUGCUCAAGGCCAGUCGGCAAGUGGGGGGCUCCGAGUACCCCCAGCUCAGCGAGGCCCCCGCGUCCCCCAGCACGCGCGAGGCCAUCCAGGGGAUGCUGUGCAUGGCCAACCUGCCCGCGGGGACCCCCCUGGGCCCCCCCAGCUGGUGGUCCGGGGGCUCGGGGCCCGACCGGGGGGGUGCCGGGGGGUCGGGGGGGGGCAGGAGAGCCCCCCCAGCCCCCCGGAGCACGGACAGCGAGGCCGAGGGCAGCCUGGACGAGCAGGACAGCCUGGGGGCCUGCUUCAAGGACGCCGAGUACAUUUACCCCUCCCUGGAGUCGGACGAGGACGACCCGGCCCUCAAGUCCCUCCCCAAGAGGAAGAAGGUGACGGAUGAUGCUCCCUGGAGCCCCAAAGCCCGGGUGACGCCGUCGCUGCCCCGGCAGAGCCGCCCGGUGCGGGAGGGGACCCGCGUGGCCUCGGUGGAGACCGGACUGGCCGCGGCGGCCGCCAAGCUGGCCCAGCAGGAGCACCGGAAGCUGCAGCGCAGGAAGGGCCCCCCCGCCAAACGCCGCCCCCCCCCCUCGCCCCCCUCCCCUGAGGAGGAGGAGGAGGAGGAGGAGGAGGAAGAAGAGGAGGAGGAGGAGGAUGAAGAGCCCGACCCUGAGCCCGAGGGGGGGGAGGGGGACCCCGAGGUGGGGGGGGAGGGGCAGGCAGAGGUCGUGGGGGGGGAGGGGGAGGCCGAGCCCCCCCCGGAGCCCCCCCCAGACCCCCUGUACCCCCCCAGCCUGGCUGACCACGAGUACACGGCCCGGCCGGGGGGGCCCCUCCCCACGCCUGGGGGGGCUCAGCCAGGCAGGGCCCCCACCCCCAUGGCCCCGGGGGUCUUCCUGAGCCAGCGCAGGGGCCCCCCCGGCACCGCCCCCCCCCAGCACGGCAAACGCCCCCGGAAGGGUUUGGCCACGGCCAAGCAGCGCCUGGGCCGGAUCCUCAAGAUCCACCGGAACGGGAAGCUGCUGCUCUGAGGGGGCGUGGUCACACCUGGCCCCGCCCCCGGGUGUGGCCAACACAACCCACACCCCCUCCCUGCAUGGCCACGCCCACCCAGAUCACCCGAGGGGCAGGGCCAGGUGUGACCACACCCCUCCCGAUGUGACUCCACCCACCUUCCUCUUUGGGGUGCCAGCCUAGACACGCCCAUUGUGGGUGCGUCCUUAGACCAGACCACGCCCCACCCUGAGCCACACACAAAAUGGGCGUGGUUUGAAACAGACCACCCCCCCCCCCGUGGUUACAGCCCUGCCUAUCACCUGUAUUGGGGGCAGCCAACUCUGGCCACGCCCACAACGGUUACCACGGGGCCACGCCCAUCUCCAUUUAGGGACAUUCAGCUGCGGUGAUGGGCGUGGUCAUGCAAAGCCACGCCCCCGAGGGAGGAGCUGCAUUCAGGCCCCGCCCACAGUCGAUCCCACCCUUCAUUAGCCGCGGCUGAAGGAGCGGGGCUUUCUCCCUCAUCGGACACCGUGAUUGGCCGAGUCGUGGAAGGGGUGGGGCCUCCUCUGAUUGGUCCCUGCCGGGAUCUCCCCCCAGGUGUCUUCAGGUUGAUUGACGGGGGCGGGGCCGCUUCCCAUUGGCUGCCCCGGUUUUGUAGGCGUGUCCGAGGCCGCAGCCUCGCCCCCUUUUUGUAUUUGUAGAAUAAAAACUGAAAAAAAGGAAAAACGAAAAAA